AGCAAAUUAAAAUAUAUCCAGGAAAUCAGCAGUCAUGCUAUCCUAGUUCUUUGUGAAACAUGAUUUGCAUGGCUCAUUUUUCCGUGAAUGCAACACCUACUCACAUUAUUUGGUUCUAAUACACUGGAUGUAGGCGAGAGUAGCAUUCAACUCCUUUUAAAAAAUGAUACCUUAGCGUCUACAAUGGACCAAAACGCUUCGGUAAACUGUACUAACUCCUCACAUGGACACGCGGUGGAGCGGUACAUGUACCCAACGGCUUACUCGCUGUUCUUCAUCAUUGGAUUUCCAGCAAACUGUCUGUCCCUGUAUGUGGCUUGGGUUCUGAUGAGGAAAGGCAAUAAUUUGGCAGUUUAUCUGAUUAAUUUGUCAGUCGGAGAUCUGCUGUAUAUCCUCACUCUUCCCGUUUGGAUCGUGAUGGCACUCGGAUAUGAGCUGAACGACAGUCUGUGCAGCGUUAUAGCAGUUGUCAUGUUCAACAGCUUCUAUGUGGGUUCAGGCUUUCUGUGCUGCAUCUCAGUGGACCGAUAUUUAGCCAUCGUGUUUCCGCUGUAUUUCGCACGUGUGCGAGAAGUCAGAACUGCAGUAUUGGUGAGCGCCAUUGUAUGGCUGGUGGAGAUCGUGCUUCAUGUGGAUCUUCUAACCUACACGAAGGCGAUCAGUACAUUUUCUGCCAGUCGUCUGUGCGAGGAACCAAUGAUAAUGAGCGCCGCUGCUGCAAACAUGGCCAUCACACGCGCGUCCCUGGGAUUUCUGGUUCCUGUGCUCAUUAUGAGCUUCUGCUUCGAGGAGAUCAUCAGGGCGCUGAAGAAGAGCACCUCUACUGUGGUCAGCGAACGGAGGAAGAUUUCCCGCCUUCUCUUCUCUCUUCUUUUCACCUACUUGUUGGCUUUUACGCCCUUCCAGGUGGUGAUGUUCAUCAGAGGACUGCUGGAGCCCGGAAACUGCAGCGUCGCACACAAUCUCAGAGACUAUUACAUGGUGUUUGUGGCUACGACUACAAUAAACAGCGUUUUAGACCCCAUCCUUUAUUGUCUCAUAAGUGACAGUGCCAAAACUGAAAUGAAACGGCUUUUUAAGCUCUGUGAGGAACAAUUCAGUAAGAUGUAUUCAUCUGUGGUGAAACCCUGAGACUCCGAAUAUACUGUAUAUUAAUUUCUUGACAGACUCUUAAGAUCUUAGAGGAAUAGUUCACCCAAGGUAAUCAAACAGUGGGUGCUUACCAUUGACGUCCAUAGU